ACAAUGUAGUAAUAAAUCCAUUGUACAGUAAGUCGCCUACUCCAAUGCAGCGGGAGGCAGUGUACUCUUAUUACGUCUUAAGAAAAUAUAUCGCUAUAACGACAGACGGACCGUGGAGGAUAAGCCACUAAAGACGGCGUCUUACACCGUUUUAAAUACGAUAAAAAGAGUGGUUCAUUGUCUGUGGUCCGUAGUUCACUAUGGCCCAGAAUCAGGUAAUCCUGCAGUUCCACUUUGCUACAUACGGGGACUCCAUGCUGCAGAAAAUGGACCUGCUUCGGCACCAGCGCCGCUUCUGUGAUGUGACUGUGCGCAUCAACCAGCUUAAAGUCCCUGGUCACAAGGUCGUGUUUGCCGCCGGUUCAUCUUUCCUCCGAGACCAGUUCAUCCUUCAGCAGGACUCCAACGAAGUCCAGAUCUCCAUGAUCCAGGAGGCAAAGGUCGGCCAACAGCUGCUGCUGUCCUGCUACACGGGCCAACUGGAGUUUCCGGAAUUAGAGCUGGUCAACUACCUGACGGUGGCCAGCUUCCUCCAAAUGGGCCACAUUGUCGAGCAGUGUACUCAAGCCUUAAACAAAUUCAUCAAGCCGCAGCCGCCACCCAAGAUGGAAGUCGACGUUGAGAUGAAAAGAGCCAACAGAGAGGAACGUUUGUGCUCCCAGGCAUUGAGAGAACAGGAGCACUUCCAAGUGAAGACUGUCCAGGAUCUAGAGAGGGUGGAGCAAGUGGAGGACAUCAGUACUGAUGAUGACGACGAUGACGAUGAUGUCAUCAUACAACCCAAGUCUCCUCCUCACACGUCGGAUUUGCAGCAUCCCGUUCAGGAAGUGGAAGAGAGUGACAUCAGCAUCGUGAAGGUGGAGUCUGUGGAGUCCACCUUCCCGACAAGCUCUCCGCCUGCCCUUCACUCACCCGAGCCGCAACACUCGCUCAUCAAUUCCACCGUUGACAGCCGUGGGAGUGAAAUGAUGGCACCCCCGAGCAUGCCGGGGUACCCCUUCCGCCCUCCGUCUCCGUCCAACCCUGCUGAGAAACAGAAGAACUACGACAAACCCCUCCAGUGGUACCACCAGUGUCCCAAGUGCAGCCGCGUCUUCCGGCAACUCGAGAAGUACGCCAACCACCUCAAGAUGCACAAGCUCUUCAUGUGCCUCUUGUGCGGGAAGACCUUCACGCAAAAGGGGAACCUUCACCGCCACAUGCGGGUCCACGCCGGCAUCAAACCCUUCCAGUGUAAGAUCUGCGGGAAGACCUUCACGCAGAAGUGCUCUUUACUAGACCACCUGAACCUUCACAGCGGAGACAAGCCUCACCGCUGUAACUACUGCGACAUGAUGUUCGCUCAUAAGCCGGUUCUCCGCAAGCACCUCAAGCAGAUCCAUGGCAAGAACAGCUUUGACAACGCAAACGAAGGCAAUUUGCAUGACGGCGUGCCUGAAGAGAAUGACAACGGCGGACCAUUUAUCAGUCAGUCUAACAAUUAUGAGACAGACUUCAGGUACAAUUUGAGACACUGUCCGGAUGAGAGUGUAUAAAUAAACGAAAGUAUGAGAGAGACGAGAGAGAGGUGGAAAAAAAAAUUACUGUAACAUUGCCCAGGUAAGAUUGACCGCAAAAUUGGACUAAAUUGGAAAAAAUUGGAAAAACUGGAGGUGAAGCAACACCAUUGGAAUAAAUGUCGUCAGUUGUCAAUGAAAUAUACUGUACAAUAGGGUGCAUCAAAUUUGAAUGGGAAAUUUUAAUUUCAUAAUAUCAAUUUGGCAAAGUGGCAAAUGUAUCUAUGGCGGUCCACAAUGACAAAUUCAACAGAGUGUCAAAUAAUUAUUUCCACUAUCGUAUGUACAGUAUUUCAGAAUUUAAAAAAAUCAAAAUAGGAAAUGAUAGACUCAAGUGGUUAGCACGCAGACCUCACAGCUAGGAGGACCAGGGUUCGAUUCCACCCUCGGCCAUCUCUGUGUGGAGUUUGCAUGUUCUCCCCGUGCAUGCGUGGGUUUUCUCCGGGUACUCCGGACAGCUGGGAUAGGCUCCAGCACCCCCCGCGACCCUCGUGAGGAAAAGUGGUCGAAAAUGAAUUAAUAUUUAUAGAGCCCUCUCGACAUGAAAUAACACCCCUACAGUCAUCUUCCCAUUCAUAUUACCCAUUAUAGUUGACUCUGUUGCUGUUGCUGUUUUGCCAGUUCUCCCAGCUAGGAGACUCGGGUUCAAUUCCCCGCUCGGGCAUCUCUGUGUGGAGUUUGCAUGUUUUCCCCCGUGCAUGUGUGGGUUUUCUCCGGGUACUCCGGUUUCCUCCCACAUUCCAAAAAAAACAUGCUAGGUUAAUUGGCGAGUCCAAAUUGUCCAUAGGUAUGAAUGUGAGUGUGAAUGGUUGUUUGUCUAUAUGUGCCCUGUGUUUGGAUGGCCACCAGUCCAGGGUGUACCCCGCCUCUCGCCCAAAGACAGCUGGGAUAGGCUCCAGCACCCCCCCUGACUGACUGUUUCUACAUAUAUUGGAACACUUUUAGUACCCAGCCAUAUCAAAAUUCAAUAAUUGUGUUUUUUGAUGCACCCUACUGUACAAAAUUACAACACAACACAGUAGAAAGUACACACAAUUUGAUUAAUCCCCAAUUAAUCGUGAUAAAUAAGGGAUAACUGUAUUAGGUAUUUACCAUGUAGCUUAUUGUCAUAUCACUGUACUGGCGUGGUGUAAUAAAUUAAGUACAGUAGAUGCCCGCUUUUUGUUGGUGUUACUUUACGAGACCACCAGCAGAUGAAGAAAAAAUACGAGGAAAUAAAAAAUAUCUAUUUUUACACGUAGGUCGCUCCCCUAAUUAUUAAAUCCAGGUAUGAGCCUGAAAUAUGCAUCACACACUGUAUAGGUACUCAAUACUCAUGAAUAAUAAUUGGAUAUGAUCCAUAAACGGAUGUAAUUGGCAGCACCAUCACAAGCAGACAUUCUCUAAGUCUACAUAAUCCACAAUGCUUACCUGUAGUACUUCCUGUAACAAUUUACACUCUUGUAUGAACUUCCAGUUCUGGUGCGAAUCCUUGAUUGCAAACAUUAUAAGUGAAUGUAAAAAUUAUGGGCUUUUGAACAGUGGUACAUUUUUAUUAUGUGUAUUAUUGCUUGAGAAUGAGAUGUGUUUUUCUGAAUUAAACAACCUAUUUUCGGGGGGAAAAUACAUAAUGUUUUUGACCAAAAAUCUGUGAAUUUGCGCGGCUGUGAAUGCUGAACAUUUUUUCAUUUGAAAAUAAGUUGAAAUAGUGUUUCAGCUUGGGUUACAACUAGUAUAAAUGUAAAAAAAAAAUUUUUUAAGUACUCUGCUGUCGGUCCAUGAUUUGUUUUGGGGGUUUUGGGCCCCCUUGCAUACAGUAAAAUAAAAUAAAUGAAUUACUGAUUAGCUAUCUUAGUAGAUAUUACACUAAUUUGCUUUGUUGCUGUACACUGAAUAGUUUUUUAUGUAUGUAGCCCUCGGUGUGGGUGGGGGGUGGGGGUUUGGGCACCCCUGCAGUUUAGCAGGAACAGCUGGUUCUGUGAUAUAAAUGUUAAGACGCUGACAGGCGUGAUGCCAAAAAUGUAGAUUUCUGUCUUCAGCCUUCAUGAUUCAUUGCACGGUAGCAUUACAAAUACUUUCCAUAAACUGGUAACUAUACAGCACAGAAAAUAAUAUGUUUUCAUAUUGUACAUUUGUGUCCCAGCUCUUCUGUAACUAGUUUUUAUCACUGUGGACUUAUUUCACUGUAAUGUACAGUAUUGUAGAUGCCUUCAUAUUGCACACGACUGUGUAACUGAGGAUCAUGUCGUUUGUCCAAUGGAUAACUGACAAUGAAAACCUUAUUUUUUUGUGUGUGUGUAUAUACAAAUAUACUAUAUACAGUCUUAAGUGUACAAGUAUAAUGUAUGGAAAACAUUCAAAACCAGGUGGUUGAUACAUACCAAAAAUAUUUCAUUGGAUUUGUAUGAAAACGGGAUACCAUACUUAACUUUUUGUGUGGAAAAAUUAUAUUUGUAUAGAUUUUCCCACCAAAAAUGUUUUUUUUUUCAUUCCAUAAAACCCUGCAUAAGUAUAGUACAAAACACACAUAUGUCACUGUUACCACUAUGACAUUCCUUAUUCUGUCUAUUGUUCAUGCAAAAUGUAUGAUAAUUCCUGUUACUGCGUAAUAACAAUAAAUAUCUCCA